AUGGCCUCCCUCGCCGCCGCCACAUCUUUCACGAAAUACACAUACGCCUCCACCCCUUCCCUCCCAAACCCCGCCCCUCUAAAACCGACCAAAGUCAUCCUCUCCUCCGCCUUCACCCACUCUCCCGCCACCCUCUUCCUCCGCCCCUCCGCCGCCGCUCCCCCCUCCUCCCUCCUCCUCCGCCGCCGCUCCCUCACCGUCCGCGCAGCCCGCGGCAAGUUCGAGCGGAAGAAGCCCCACGUCAACAUCGGCACCAUCGGCCACGUCGACCACGGCAAGACCACCCUCACCGCCGCCCUCACCAUGGCCCUCGCCUCCCUCGGAAACUCCGCCCCAAAGAAGUACGACGAGAUUGACGCCGCCCCCGAGGAGAGGGCCCGCGGCAUCACCAUCAACACUGCCACCGUCGAGUACGAGACCGCCAACCGGCACUACGCCCACGUGGACUGCCCUGGCCACGCCGACUACGUCAAGAACAUGAUUACCGGCGCAGCCCAGAUGGACGGCGCGAUUCUGGUGGUCUCCGGCGCCGACGGCCCCAUGCCUCAGACCAAAGAACACAUUUUGCUGGCUAAACAGGUCGGCGUCCCCAAUAUGGUGGUCUUCCUGAACAAACAGGACCAGGUCGAUGACGAGGAGUUGCUCCAGUUGGUCGAAUUAGAGGUCCGAGAAUUACUUUCCUCGUACGAAUUCCCCGGUGACGAUGUACCCAUUGUUUCCGGCUCUGCCCUGCUCGCCCUAGAAGCUCUAACGGCGAACCCCAGUAUUAAGCGGGGAGAAAACGAGUGGGUGGACAAAAUCUACCAGUUGAUGGACGAGGUGGAUAAUUACAUCCCUAUCCCUCAGAGGCAGACAGAUUUGCCCUUCCUGAUGGCAGUGGAAGAUGUCUUUUCCAUCACAGGCCGUGGGACAGUGGCCACCGGGAGGGUAGAGAGAGGAACCAUUAGAAUUGGCGAGUCUAUUGAUCUUGUGGGUUUGCGUGAGACCAGGAACACUACAGUUACUGGUGUCGAGAUGUUUCAGAAAACCCUCGACGAGGCAAUGGCUGGGGAUAAUGUUGGAUUACUGCUGAGAGGUAUUCAGAAGGUCGAUAUCGAGAGGGGUAUGGUUCUGGCUAAGCCCGGGACCAUCACGCCUCACAGAAAGUUCUCGGCUAUUGUUUACGUGCUGAAAAAGGAGGAGGGUGGGAGGCACUCACCGUUUUUUGCAGGCUACAGGCCUCAGUUUUACAUGAGAACAACGGAUGUGACUGGGAAAGUGAUCACGAUCAAGAACGAUAAAGAUGAGGAAUCGAAGAUGGUCAUGCCGGGCGAUCGGGUGAAGAUGGAAGUUGAGCUUAUAAUGCCAAUUGCUUGCGAGCAGGGGAUGAGGUUCGCGAUCAGGGAAGGCGGGAAGACGGUGGGUGCGGGUGUCAUUCAGUCCAUUAUCGAGUAA